UGUUUCAUCGUCCAGUUGACCGUAAGCCCGCGAGUCGUGAACACGUUAGCGCGCGGUUUUAUAAUUAUUUUUCAUCGAUCCAAAUCUCAUUUUGUUAACAAAAAUGUUGUUUUUCAUCACUGCGGCGGUGCUCUUGGCCAGUGCUGAGGCUAAAUUCUUCAAGGAUUGCGGGUCCAAACUAGCGACAGUCCACAACGUGACGGUGAGCGGAUGCGAAGAGUCGUCCAGUCAUUGUAUACUGAAGAGAAACACAGACGCCACGAUCGGCCUGCAGUUUACACCACUGCACAACAUCGAUCGCAUAAAUACAGAAGUUCACGGGGUCAUCAUGAACAUCCCGAUACCGUUCCCCCUGCCGGAGUCUGACGCGUGCAAGGACAACGGGCUGACCUGCCCCCUCAAGGAGGGAACCCUGGCGGAUUAUAAAGCAACACUGCCUAUCCUGAAGUCUUAUCCUAAGGUGACAGUGGAAGUAAAGUGGGAGCUCCAAAGUGAACAUGGCGACUUAGUUUGCGUUCUUAUAAACGCUAAACUGGUCUAAAUAGUACUUCCCGACUUUAUUAGAUUAGAGGAAGAUUUUAGUUAGAUUUUUCAGACUUAAUGCCGUCACAGAGAGACAGUAAUUUUGUAAAUUUGAAUGUUUUUGGGUGAGUUUAGUAAGUCCUCACGGUAGGUAAAAUUGUUUUGUUUAUUUCUGACACCUUUUUGUCUGUGACCCACUUAUCUUGAGGAAUUAUACUAGCUUCACUGAAUGUGUUGGCGACCUCACGGGCUCAACCUGAGAGAAUUUGCUGACACUAGCACUAGCAAGAGCAGUGCUUCGCUGAAUCUACCACCGGAUCGAAAACGCGACCCACUGAGGAGAUCCGACGAGAAAUCCAGUGGGUUAAGUUACAAGUUGAGCUUUUCCUUGCUGCCUGCCACUAAUCAUGUGUGGAACUUGAAACGGCCAUUAUACAAUAAAAAUUUGAUUGAGCUCCUAAAUAACCACUUAACGUCAAGCGAGCGCGCACACCGCAUCUAUGAAAUACAAAAAAGGUCUACGUUAUAUCUACGCAAAUUUACACUAUUAUUCUUCCUGAGUUUCAUAUUAUGAGUUCCCGAAAUAUCGGGAAAAUUUAAGGUUUUUUUGGAGAUUCUUGUGAGCCCGCUUGAAUAGGUACAAAGACCCUGCCGUGAAGCAGUAAUGCGUUUCGAUAUGAAGAGUGGGGCAGCCGUUGUACUGUAAAAACUUAGAACUCAUAUCUCAAGAUGGGUGACGGCAUUUGC